UCCUCCCCACCCGAGCCCUCGGCCCCACUUCGCGCGGCCCGGCAGCCCCGCCGCCCCGCCCGAGCGGAUGGCGCCUGCGGCCGAGCGCUGGGCACCCGCCCUGUGGAGGUCGUGCAACUGGCUCAUGGCCGCCUUCUUUGCCCUGGCGGCCGUGGUGCAGGUAAAUGAUCCAGAUGCAGAACUGUGGGUGGUGGUGUAUACCAUACCUGCCGUGCUAACCCUGCUUGUUGGACUUAACCCUCUUGUCACAGGUAACUUUAUUUGGAGAAGUGUCUCUGCAAUACACAUAUUCUUUUGCAUCGUGUGGGCUGGUGGCUUGGUGUACUACCUCUUGCUUCAUAUACAACAGAACAUCAUACAUGAGGAAGAAGGCAGGGAGCUGUUUGGUCUGGUGAUAAUCAUGGCAUGGAUGAGCCUAUGUCACAGUUCAUCAAAGAAUCCAGUUGGUGGAAGAAUUCAGUUGUCUAUUGCCAUUGUAAUCUCUAUUUUCCCAUUUAUCUCAUGGAUCUACAUAUAUAUCAGCAAGGAGAUGAGGUCCUCCUGGCCAACUCACUGCAAGACAGUAAUUUAAAUGAAGUAAAACAUCCUGUUAUUAAAAUGAGUAUUUUCAAUCAA